AUGGGCAACACCGGGAGCAGCCAAGCCCCCGUAUGGGCGGCGCCAAGUAGUAUAACCGCCUCGACGAGUCCGCUCGGAGUCCUGCGGCGUCUGACGACAUCGAGUGCUGUAAACUGCAUCGGGCGAUACCGGUCUCAGUCGCAGACUCUGCACAUUUUCGACUCCGGUUCGCUGGAAGAUCUCUGCGAUGACCUCGCGUCUGAGUGCAAACAGUUUGCAGACCCCGCGUUUCGCCACCACCUCAUUGCACUUUUCACGGGCACCAACGACCGGCGUUCACACGCUCUGCCGCACGAAGCGAGCGCCGUUUCGCGCGGCUCGGCCGCCUCGGCCGCAGGAGCUUCGACCGUCACUGCGCCGUUUCAAGAUGCCAAUGACGCAGCAGACGGCAACCAAGAGGGUGAGGAGCUCCCCCGCAUUCAGGUGGACAGUCUCGCAGUGUUCGCCUCUCUGCUGUUCCUGUCUGACGGGGCACUUGUCGAGAAGAUGGAGCACUGCAUCCGACUGCUCUGCUGGACUCAAGAGCCGCAAGUCGACCCUGCUUCCGUAUUUCUCCUUUUGGCGGCUCUUGCCCGCGGCGUUGCGCUGCUGAAGGAGGAUGCGCCUCCAUCUGUGCUGCUGAUCGGCGAGGUGCUGUCUCGUCUUGAAAAGCGUGCAACGGUCAUCACGGCCUCAGCCAAGUUCUCGAUCGAAACAAACGGGACGGACCAACAGAGCGGCGACGCGCAAACCUCGAGUCAGCCGUUCCUCAUCCGACCCGCAGCGACGGUGGCCUCGGCGGGGCCCCAUUCACCGGUGUUUUUCGCGGGGCUGCCUUCUGUCGUCGUUGAAGGGCUUCACAAGUUAGACGGAGUGGUCUGGGCAGCCGAGAGCGUUUGGGAGUCGCUCGCUGACGAUGCCGCUGUGCGAGCGUACCACGACCGGGUAACCCAAGUUUUUUUCUCUGAGCAAAUCGACGAACGGCUCGUGACCUUAUCGACGAACUUCAAACGCUUGCUGCAGCGCGUGUGCAAUCCGGAAGCCUACCGCGCCGAGCAAAGGUCCGGAGGCGCCGCGACGCAGCAAGCGCGACAUGGCGGAACGCGGUCCUCCAGGAUGUCGAAAUCGAGCGCAGCCGCAGGAUGGGGAACGGCACACGACCUCACGCCUCUGAGCUGGAGACAAGUGAACGUGCUCUUGAGAUGUUGCGGCUCGAAAGCCGUCACUGCCCUCCUCCUCGACGAAAUGCAGUUCGAGGCGAGCAUGGCAUGUCACGAGGUGGGUAUCUGCUGGAAAAAGUGGGCAGACGAACCCCUUCGAGAAGCCUUCGACGAAGAUGAAGUAAGUGCAGAAGUCCUGGGAACACCGGCUGAGUCCUCGUCGCCGCCCCUCAGCUCGACAGGGACCAAAACAGCAUCCGGGUCCGCUGGAGGAUCUGCCGCGCCUGCUGGAAGUCUCGCAUCCCCUUCAACUGGGAACGCCCGCAAACCUGCGUCAGCCCCGGCCUCAACAGAGGCGCCUUCCGACACGGAUGGCGCGACGCAUCCUGCCGUCGCUUCGUCCGGCGGAAAGUUGACAUCACCAGACACUGCAGCAGGCAGCGCCGGUAGCCCACCCUCGGGGAACGGGGACGGUGGAGAAACUGUUGAGGGAACUGGAGGGGGCGACCGAGUCACUUUUGCCAAACCGGCAUGGAAGUUUGUGGCGAGCAGCGGUCCUUUUGUGUGGUCAGACGAUCUGCAAAUGUUUUUCACGCCGCUGCUUGCUUUCUCCGCCAUUGAUUGCCACGGUGAAGGGGUUAUUUCGUCUCGUCACCUGGACUUGUUGCUAAGUUUUCUCAAGCAACUCGACCCUGUCCACGGAGGCUUCUACAGCCGCCUCGAGAAGGUUCUCUCUGCGGACACAAGGGCGCUCUUCAGCAUUCCGUCGGAUGUACCCGAUCCGUUCACGCAGCUGAGAGCUGAACUGUCUCCCGAAAAGCAACAAAUAAGACUCCUCAGAUUCGGGAUAACCAUGGCCGUCUGUGCGGCGAUCCAAGACCGGCGGCAGCACGAAACAAGCUUGAACAAUCGUUUUAGACGCUUCGACGUGGACAAAUCCGGAUUCAUCCUCACGGCCGACAUGCAGCUCCUCCUUACGGAGAUGAUCCGGAAAGCGACAGAGAUCGACGACGCCUCAACCGCGGUAGAACAAGCUUUACAAAAUGUUGUAGACAAAUACAUGAAUCUCUUUGUCGGCCCGACUGUAGAACGAGUCGACUACGCCACAUUCCUCAGCGCUUACGACAGAGUGCGGAAAACCUCAUUGAAGCUGCGGGAGGAGAUCAUGGAACUUGCUGCUGUUUUUGAGCCGGAGCCAGCUCGAAGACAGUCCAGAGCGAGACCCGAACUCAAAGUUCGCCAGUCUUCGUCUUCGACAAGAAUCCGCGCAUCGCUGCUGCGCAAAAACAGCCGCGCGAACAAGGGGAGCAGCAGGAGCGUCAUAGGUGACGACAGCAUCAGGAAUCUUUUCAGCAAAAAAUAA